AUGGCGUCCAAAUGUACGGAGGUCACCCCUCUGUGUCCGGUGGAAUACACCACGCUCGGCUAUUACCCUAAUAAGCCCUUGAAUAUCUUUUGCGCUGCUGCUUUCGGCGUGGCUAUGGUGAUUCAGCUCGUGGUGUGCGUGUGGAAGAAGACGUGGGCGUUCAGCAGCUUCAUCGUGGCGGGAUGUGCACUCGAAGUGGCCGGAUACGCCGCACGCGUCCCUCUCGCAGCCAACCCUUGGAAUUCGCAAGCCUUUCAGACCCAGAUUUGCGCAAUUAUUCUCGCUCCGACUUUGAUCUGCAUCUCAAUCUACCUGACGCUCAAGCAUCUCACCCUCACGCUCAACCCGUCCCUCUCGCGGAUCAGGCCCAAGUGGCUGCCCUUCAUCUUCGUGCCCGCCGAUGUGACUUGUCUCCUGGUCCAGGCCAUUGGCGGCGCUCUGGCAGCAAGCGGCGGGAGCGAGAACCGGAAGCUGGUCGAUGACGGGAACCGGGCCAUCAUCGCGGGUAUUGCGCUGCAGGUCGUAGUGUUGCUGUGCUUCGGGGCCCUAUCCCUGGACUACUGGCUCAGGGCGAAGAAGUGGGUUCACAGCGCCGAUGUCACUCCCGCGGCACUUGCGCUCUGGAACGACAAGAAGUUUCGCACUUUCGGAGUGGCUGAGAUGGCUGGCGGCUGGGGAAACGUGAUCAUGCAAGACGAGCCAUCCUUCGCGGUCCUCGACUCCUUCAUGGUGCUAAUUUGCGUCUAUCUCCUGAGUUGCUUUCCACCAGGGAUCUAUUUUCCGCAGAUGGCCAAAGGCGGAAAGUCAUCUCGCAACAAGAGUGGGACCCCAGAGAGUGCUGGCGAGGAAAGCCAAGAUAUAGAGCAAGGUGGGCUGGCCGGUGAAGAAGAACCAAAGGAGGGACAUAGCUCGAAGCCGGAAUCUUAG